GAUUUGCUGGACGCGGGGUGCUGAAAAUUUGCCAGGCAAACGCAGCACAUUUAAACGCCUCACGAAAUUUGAGUUCUCUGGUGUGUUGUGCAGCCGUAUGUAUGGCUGACUAGCAGCAGGCGGCAUUCUGACUGAUCUUACCAACAGGGGCUUCUGUGUAAGCUGAUGCUAAAUAAACACAGAUGGAUCUCCGUGCACAUUCACAAAAAUGCUGGCAAUGCGGCAGGGAUUUCAAAUGACACUCUGAAUCUACUGGAACCACACACACACAUACAUCCCCACUGCAGGCAAGGCAAAGGACUCAAAAUAUACAAGCCGCCGCCAGCAAUCUUAGAAGAUAAGAUUGUGCUGCAAUUUAAAGAACACAGACUUUUUUUUUUUUUUUUUUUUUUUUGCUUUCAGUUUUUACAGGGACUUUACAAAACAAAAUUUUAAAAAAUGAAGGACCCUCAAAUUAUAAGUGAAGGAGACUGGAAAGCCCUGUGUGCUAAGGAGAUCCACGGGAUCAGGAAGAUGAAAAGGAAAAGCAGGGAUGCGUUGAAACAUUCAAACGGCGUUAAAAGUUUUAGACAGGACCCAAAAAUGGAUGAGGAUUUGUUAAGUGGUCUAACAGAAACGACCGGUCAAAACUUGCAUCACGAAACUGUACAGAAGAGGGCUUUUGCUGCACCUUCAAAUGGCAUGGAUAAUAUAAUCGACUUGAGGAGAAACCCGAGCACUUUUAUUGAUAUGAGGACUACAAGUUUACCCGCUUUGACGGGACAGAUGGAUGCUGCCGCCGCCGCCGUCGCAGCUUCUGUAUCAGCAGUGUCGCCAACGAAAGAAGAAUUUUCCAGAUCGGUACAAGUCACCGAGUUUGAACAUCAGCACUCUUUGCAGUCGAGAAUUGUGUUGUGUCAGCGUCCUCCAGAAAGCCCGUACUCUUCAGUUUCACAGGAAUCGUACAUAAAUAAUAAUAGCGACCCCACCGCAUCGCCUAGGAAACGGCUGGGUGAAACUACUGGCGUCGCCACUGAGAUCAAAGCUAUUCAGCAGACAAGGAGGCUGCUGGCUAAUGCGCGUGAGAGGACCCGAGUGCAUACCAUCAGUGCCGCCUUUGAGGCUCUUAGGAAGCAGGUUCCUUGUUAUUCCUACGGUCAGAAAUUGUCCAAACUGGCCAUUCUGAGAAUAGCCUGUAACUACAUCCUCUCCUUAGCCCAGCUUGCUGAUCUCGACUACACUUCAGAUCACAGCAACACAAGCUUCUCAGAAUGUGUGGAGCAGUGCACAAGAACCCUGCAGGCAGAGGGCAGGUCCAAGAAAAGAAAGGAGUAGCACGAAUGAAGACAGCAAGUCCAUGGAACUUCAAACAGAGAACUGGGUCCCGGCCAGCCUUGGCAACAACUGUUAUUUUCAUAAAAUCUACUAAAGACUUUGUUUAAAUUUACACAAGACAGCACUAUGCAGAGACCUUCUUCACAAACUAAAAGACUGUUAACCAUAAGAAGACUGGUUCAUUUUGCAGAAAAGAAAGCUAUAUUAUGACAGCACUUUCCUUUUUCUUUCUUUUUUUUGUUGGUUUGUUGCUAAGAUAUAGGAAUAGGACCUAGAUGUUUGUGUUGCAGACAGUCAUGUUUGUAUACUCAAACAAAGACAUGGUUGUGUAUACUCUUUUAAUAGCUCUUACAACAGCUUUUAAUAAAGGGAAUUAUCCUGCAUAGAACUGUUACAUAGACCUAUCUAAGGACAUUUUACAGCUGACAGUUUGGUCUAAUUGUCAUUAAUCUACUGAAUCUAUUAAUCUGUUGGAACAGUUGUUAUUUUUUCCGGUUUUUUAAUCUAUAGGCUUUAAGUAGCGUAGCAGGUUGUAUUAGAUAUUCCUUGAGAUGAUUUCAUUCACUUUGUUGAGAGAUUCCCUGAAGGUACAGCAUCAACGUGGGAGCACUGAGCGAUGGAUAUCUCCAGAUUGAAGCUCACAUGCCAUGUUCCUCUGUCAAAUAUAAUGUGCAAAUUCAAAAACUAGUUGAGUUUUUUAUUCUUCUACUAGCAUCGAAAUAAUAGUUGAAGGGAACUGCAAAAAAAGGUCUGGUAAGAAAAACAUGAUGACCUAAGGUGGUGUACUGUUGUGUUUGCAUGCAACAACAACCCUAUAGCAAACUAUUGGAUUGUGAGCAGAAGCAAGUGAAGGGCUAGUGGCAGCGAGAAAAGAGCAGGAUUCCUGCUUAUUCUGUAUUGUGUUAUCCAGCAUUUCAAAAUGAUAACGCAUUUCAUUAACGACAUCAUGAGUUCAGGUUUAGGUGAUGCUACAGAUGAAUUCACUCGACUUUCACUUCGCUCCCUGAGCUUUGAGAGGCAUAGCUGUAGUUUACACAGGGGAUGCAGGGGUACAUGUCCCCCUCACUUUGUGUGGAAAAGUCCUCCUCACAUUGCAGCAGUACUAAAACAUUUUAUUUCUCAAUAAUUUAUUCAUAUAUGCUAAUCACUAGUUAGAGGUCUCCACUAGGACCGAGUGGAAAUGCAACUGAAGCAGCGUUGGCGCACAAUGCAAUAAAAAUAUUUUCUAUUUGAACAUGACAGCAAAGGCGCCAAUCUGAAUGAAAUUAAUGUUUAUUUUAAAUGGUAUUACUAUAUGCCCAGGUACAGAAACUGCCCCCCCCCCCCC